GGUCGCCUGUUCCGACGAGCAGACGACAGAGCGACAGAGAUAGGUUGCGCGUGCUGUGAUCAGUAGAUGUACUAGAAGGGGGAGUACAGGACGGGUCGUCGACAUGCUCCACAGCUGUGCGAGGCCGCUCGGCGGUCAACUCUGCAAGAAUGCAGCGCUGUCCCUCACGGCUGCGGCUCGCAAUGGAUACGCCACGGAAGCUAGCUUCGAGACGAAGCCCUUCAAGCUGCACAAGCUGGACAGCGGCCCGUCCACCAGCGUGUCGGUGACGAGGGACGACGCGCUGGUGUACUACCGGCGCAUGCAGACCAUCCGGCGCCUCGAGACGAGCGCGGGCAACCUGUACAAGGAGAAGAUCAUCCGGGGCUUCUGCCACCUGUACUCGGGACAGGAGGCGUGCGCCGUCGGCAUGCACGCCGCCAUGCGCCCGCACGACAAGGUCAUCACGGCCUACCGCGCGCACGGCUGGACCUACAUCCUCAGCGACGACGUCCUCGGCGUCCUGGCCGAGCUGACGGGGCGGCAGUCCGGGUGCUCGCGCGGCAAGGGUGGCUCCAUGCACAUGUACGUCAAGAACUUCUACGGCGGCAAUGGUAUCGUUGGUGCUCAGAUACCGCUGGGUGCAGGUCUGGCAUUCGCCCAGAAGUACAACGGCAACGACGGCGUGUGCAUCUCGCUGUACGGCGACGGCGCCUCCAACCAGGGCCAGGCCUUCGAGGCGUACAACAUGGCCAAGCUGUGGGACUUGCCGGCCAUCUUCGUCUGCGAGAACAACGGCUACGGCAUGGGCACCAGCAACACGCGCUCCUCGGCCAGCACGGCUUACUACACGCGCGGCGACUACAUCCCCGGCAUCCAGGUGGACGGGAUGGACGUGCUGGCGGUGCGCGAGGCGACACGCUACGCCAUCGAGCACUGCAAGGCGGGCAAGGGCCCCAUGGUGAUGGAGGUGCUGACGUACCGGUACUCGGGCCACUCCAUGUCUGACCCCGGCACCAGCUACCGCACCAGGGACGAGAUCCAGGAGGUGCGCUCCACGCGAGACCCCAUCACCUCCUUCAAGGACCGCAUGCUGAGCACCGAACUAGCCACGGCCGAGGAGCUCAAGAAAAUGGAUGCUGAAAUCAAGACACAAGUCGACGAUGCGACGAAAAAGGCGAAGAACGACAAGGAGAUUGGUUUGGAAGAACUCACCGCCGACAUUUACAGUCACACUCUGGAGCCUGUCAUUCGAGGAACCACCCCUUGGAAUGCAAUGCCCCAUAUUUCCGUUGCAGGAAAUAGAUAAACCAUGUCAUUACCUCAUUAAGCUCAACUUAAAGAAUAUUUUUCCUA